AUGGACUCUGCCAGACUUUUGCCCCUCGUGCGCCUCGUGUGUCCCAUUGGCGCGUCCAUUAGUAUCCUCGUGACAAUGGUCACGUGCGUCGUUAUCGUCAAAGCGAACGACAUUUGGGUCAGUGGCCUCACGUGGCCCUUUCUCUCGGACAUGGGCAGAGAUGCCCCGGCGUACUAUGUGUUUGCAACGGGUCUCUCGGUCGUGGCGGUGCUGCUCGUGGUCACGUGGACGCUCAACUGGCGCUACCACAUCUCGGCGCUGCCGUCGGACGACACUGUCUACCGCUCGAUCGCUUUUGUUGCGUUCUUUGCAGGUGUUAUGGCGAACUUGGGACUUCCUGUGCUGGCGUUCUUCGAUACGUCCAAGCACGCAAAAGUCCAUGCACUGGGUGCCGAGUGGUUUUUCUACAUUGAGACCAUAGCUGUGCUCUUGAACAUGAUUGUAAGCUACAAGCUGUACAAGUUGCUGACGGGAUUGCAAGUGGACUUGGAGAAUUCGUGCUCGACCGUGGGGUCGAAGCUCCAUCGGAGGAAAAAGACGCUGACGAUCCAAGUGCUCUUCUUCUCGCUCUUUUUCAUGGCGUUCCUCCUGUACAUGCCCAUUGGCACGGCGGUGGCGCCCCAGUCGUAUCGCCUCUCGAUCGACGAUUGCAUCGAUAAGGGCUUAGGCGACACGUACUGCGAAGUGACUAUGCGGCUGAACUCGACCUCGACUACACUAUAUGACAAUGAAAAGACCUACGGCCUGAGCCAAAUGCGAGCUGCGGCUCAACUCGCCUGCAUCUUGAUGCUCGUCGGGUACUCGACGUCGUUCAUCACGAACGACUAUGACGAUGCCCUCGGCCAGCUCUUCACCCCGGACGCCAAGAUUGCCGUGCUGCAGUAG